AGUUUCAUGAUUAAGUUCUAGUGAAAUCCGUGUAACAAGACUCCUCCUCAUGGAAGAACAAAUUAUCUGCUUCGGUUUGGAUUUUUGUUCUGUGGAUACACCCAAAAAACUGAAGGAUUACGUAAUUUUUUUUCCGUUCCGUUUUAUUUAAUUUGUAGCUAACCAGACAAGAGGGUUAGAAUUGAGGGUGCUCUGGAUCUCAUUUUGCAUCUGUUAAAAGUUUUACGUUUGUGUGUUUUCUAUGUUAUGUGUUGUUUUUGCUUCGGUAAGCGUCUUUCAAUUCAUUUUGGAUGUUUAUUUGGCCCUCAUGUUAUUGUGUAAAUUUAGUUUUCCUGUAGCAAGUAGCUGAAGAUGGAACAGAUCGGGGCUAAAAUCUGUAAAUCAUAAUCUAUGGAGAUUUGGAUAGCAAAUUCAGGAGUUUCAUUAGUCUUCUCAGUUCUCACCAUAUUUUUCCUUGAACCAUGUGAAAGAGAAAAAAUGUUUGGUUUGGAAGGGCAUUUUUGUCAUUUAGCUCCGGAAUGUCUUGUUGGGAUAGAUUAUAGAAUGCUCUGUUGUCUUUGUCUUCUUUUUUCUGUCCGGCUUGUGGAGUGGUAAAAAGACAGGAUUGACCCUAUAACAAUCUGUUUUUGAUUGAAUCUUACGUCUAUAAUUUCAUUUUGUUUUUGUCCAUUAUUAAUACUGGAGUGUUUUAAACCUUUGCUGAAAGGGUAUUUGUGAAAUCCCAUUUUCUUUAAAACUAGGAACCAGAAAAGGUGAACUGGUGUUGACUCCUUUUCGGAUGGCCCAGUAUCUUUAGGCCCCCCUUGUACUUCUGAAACAUUUGCUCUUUCUCUAAUCAAUUAUGAAAUCAUAUUAGCUCUUGAGUGUUACUCUCACAUGUGAAUGUGAAACUUGGUUCAUUUUGUCAACUCCAUUGUGAAUUACUGAGUUAUAUCAGUAUUGUCGUCUUAGUUGAGUCAUUUUCCGAAAAAUAGCAAGGAUCCUUCGACAAUAUUUGACUUGGUGUUUUUCAUUUGGUGCUUACUAUGGGCAACAGUGAGGAAGAGAAAUAUACUAAGACUGAAAAGCCUUCUUCACCUGUGACAAUGGAUCAGGCCAAUCAGACUAACCAGACCAAUAUUCACGUCUAUCCUGAUUGGGCAGCCAUGCAGGCAUAUUAUGGGCCAAGAGUUGCCAUGCCACCAUACUACAACUCAGCUGUGGCUUCUGGUCAUGCUCCUCAUCCGUACAUGUGGGGACCACCGCAGCCUAUGAUGCCUCCUUAUGGACCUCCUUAUGCUGCAAUUUAUUCACAUGGUGGGGUUUAUGCUCACCCUGCCGCUGUUCCAGUUGGGCCACAUCCACAUAAUCAAGGAGUUUCAUCUUCACCUGCUGCUGGGGGGACUCCUUUAAGCAUAGAGACACCACCCAAAACAUCUGGAAAUACUGAUCAGGGUUUAAUGAAGAAAUUGAAAGGGUUUGAUGGACUUGCAAUGACAAUAGGCAAUGGCCAUGCUGAGAGUGCAGAGCAUGGGGCUGAAAACAGGCUGUCACAGAGUGUGGAUACUGAGGGUUCCAGUGAUGGAAGUGAUGGCAACACUGCAGGGGCUAAUCAAACCAGAAGGAAAAGAAGCAGUGAGGGAACACCAACCACUGCAGAUGGAGAAGGGAAAACUGAGAUACAAGGUAGUCCAGUUUCCAAAGAAACUGCAGAUUCUAAUAAGGUGAUGUCAGUUGCCCCUGCCAGUGUUACAGCAAAAUUAAUUGAACCUGUAGUGUCUUCGGGUAUGACCACCUCACUGGAGCUGAGAAAUCCUUCCAGUGUUCAUUCUAAACCAAAUCCCACAGGUGCCCCACAACCUUGUCCAGUAGUGCCUGCAGAAAAUUGGUUACAGAAUGAGCGCGAGCUGAAACGUGAGAGGAGGAAACAGUCAAAUCGAGAAUCUGCAAGAAGGUCCAGAUUAAGGAAGCAGGCUGAGACUGAAGAACUGGCACGAAAAGUUGAAUCCUUGAAUACUGAGAAUGUGUCACUGAAAUCAGAAAUAGGUCGACUGACUGAAAGUUCUGAAAAACUGAGGGUGGAAAAUUCUACAUUAAGGGAAAAACUUAAAAGUGCUCGACUGGGACAAACAGGAGAGAGAAUUUUGAACAGCAUUGACAGCCUGAGGGCUACACCUGUAAGUACAGAAAAUUUACUAUCAAGAGUUAAUAAUUCGGGUUCUAAUGAUAGAACUGGGGAGGAUGAGAAUGGAUAUUCUGACAACAAACCAAACUCUGGUGCAAAGCUGCGUCAACUACUGGAUACAAGUCCCAGAGCUGAUGCUGUGGCAGCUGGUUGAUACAGAAAACCAGUAAUUGUAUUGGCUGAUCAUGUAAUUUUGGCAUAUUACAAGCCCAAAAUUACUACUAACAGUUUUCAGAGGGAUGGAUCAGCUGAAUUUUAGUAUCUAAAUCCAUCAAAACCAUAACUAAUUCAUUACUUAUCAGUUACCUAGGACAAAAACUCUGUAUUCUAUUAGAUUUGACAAAAAUGGAUGACUACUAUAGUUUGUAAAAUGAAGAGAAUUAGAGAUUUUUGUUUAGAGAGUUGUUGAACCGUUACAUAGUUGGGUGUGUAUUAACCAUUGGUGUGGACCUUCUUAUGGUGUCUCAUAAAGUUAU